AUGUCGGACGAGAAAAAAGCAGUUCCACAGGAAGAGAUCCACAAGAUCAGAAUUUCAUUGGUUUCCACCAAGGUUAAGCAGUUGGAGGAAGUCUGCCAGGGUAUUAUCGACAAUGCCGCACGUGAGCACUUGUACCACAAGGGACCAGUUAGAAUGCCAACCAAGGUUUUGUCUAUUGCCACCAGAAAGACACCAAACGGUGAGGGUUCCAAGACUUGGGAGCACUACGAGAUGAGAAUCCACAAGAGAUACGUCGACUUGCACGCUCCAGCUUCUUCUGUUAAGAGAAUCACUCAGAUCACCAUUGUUCCAGGUAUCAAUGUUGAGGUCACCAUUGCUGCUUAA